ACAUCAUACCGAGCACUCAUAGUUCGCGGUGGACUUAAAGCAGGUGAAACUGUCCUAAUCACAGGUAAUGGCGGAGGUUGUGGUCUAUUUCUGAUCCAAUUUGCCAAGGCGAUUGGUGCCAAAGUAUUUUUCACGACUGGUCAGAAAUCUAAGCUUGACUUUUUAGAAAAGAAAUUUAACAUCAAAGGUGUACUUUAUACUGAAGUAAAUUGGUCUGAUAAGUUGAAACAAAUCGUACCUGAGGUGUAUGAUGGAUUGUUUGAUUUGAUUGUAGAUUCGUCUGGCGGAAAAUUUGUCUCUACUUAUAUGGAUUUAUUAAGGCCCUCAGGUCGAUACGUCUUUUUUGGUCAGACACUUGGACCACCCACAGUCGAACUAUUACAAAAAUGGAGUUCAAUUUAUUCGAAAAGUCUUAUUAUUCUGGGUUCAGAUCUUGGCAGUUUUACCGAAUUUAAACAAAUAAAAGUGAAUGAUUGUACUAGUGAUACGGAAUACCGUAUUUCACUUACUAAAUCAGCGCUCAAGGAUGAUACAGAUCCGAAAAGGAAUGUAAAAAGAGUAAUGGAAGUCAUUGUAGGUCUAGAAUGA